AGGAAAACCCAAUAGUCCUCGUCGAGUGUUUUAUGCAACUAAUGACCAAACACAACAACACAGCUAGCUAGCUAAGCCUGAAAGUGUAUAAUAUAGAUGGAUUUAAGUUCUUUUUUGACGUCCUUAUUGACGUCCUUCGUCAUAUUCUUGUUCUUGAUGCUUCUCUUCACAUGGCUCUCACGUAAGCAGGGAAACGCUGUCAUUUACUACCCUAACCGGAUCCUGAAAAGUAUGGAUCCAUGGGAAGGUGGGUCCAGAACCAGGAACCCUUUUGCUUGGAUCCGAGAAGCCAUUUCUUCCUCAGAACAGGACAUCAUCUCCAUGUCCGGUGUUGACUCCGCCGUCUACCUCGUCUUCCUCAACACCGCGAUGAGAAUCUUCGUCUCCUCCGGGGUGGUCCUACUGCCUCUUCUUCUUCCAAUUGCCGCCACUGAUAGGAGUUCAAAAUCGACAGGCGCAAGCACCAGCAAUGGAACAUUCAAACAACUCGACAACCUCUCCAUGGGACAUGUCGGAGAAAAGAGCACGAGGCUAUGGGCUUACGUUGUGGCAGAAUAUUGGGUUUCUCUGGUAACAUAUCUUCUUCUAUGGAAGGCCUACAAACACGUUUCCGCCCUUAGAGCGUCGGCCCUAAUGUCACCCCAAGUUAGAUCCGAGCAAUUUGCUGUCCUUGUUAGAGAUAUACCACCUCCUUCCCAAGGCCAAUCCCGAAAGGAACAAGUCGACUCCUUCUUCACCGACAUCUACCCUCGUACCUAUUAUAGAUCAAUGGUCAUAACCGACAACAAAAAGGUCAAUGAAAUAUGGGAAGAGAUACAAUCUUUUAAAAAGAAGCUGGCUCGUGCCCAAGUAGUUUACACGAAUACAGGAACCAGGCCGAAGAACAAAACCGGCUUCCUCGGACUUUUCGGGGAAAGAGUAGACUCCAUAGAGUAUUACACCGAGAAAGUUAACGAACUAACACCUAAACUCGAGGAGGAACAGAAAUUGACACUCAGGGAGAAACAACAAUGUUCUUCGGUCGUGUUUUUCAACAACAGGGUAUCCGCGGCUUGCGCUGCCCAGAGUGUGCACGCCACCAUGGUCGAUACUUGGACGGUUAUGGCCGCUCCAGAGCCCCGACAGCUUAUUUGGCCUAACCUUCCCAUGAAUUUCUACAAGAGGCAGGUCCGGCAGUAUAUUGUUUACUUUGUGGUGGCGUUGACGAUACUCUUUUACAUGAUCCCUAUUGGAUUUGUGUCUGCGGUCACGACACUAAGCAAUUUGGAGAAGUAUCUGCCGUUUUUAAAGCCAGUUGUUGAGCAGAAUGUGGUUAAGACUGUCUUGGAGGCGUAUCUUCCUCAGCUUGCUCUUAUGAUAUUCUUGGCUCUAUUGCCUAAGUUCCUUUUGAUGCUAUCGAAAGCCGAGGGAUUGCCUUGCGAGAGUCAUGCGGUUAGGGCUGCCUCAGGGAAGUACUUUUACUUCACCAUCUUGAACGUGUUCAUUGGCGUUACGAUAGGAUCUACCCUUUUUGAUACGUUUAAGGAUAUUGAGAAGAAUCCGGAUUCGAUUGUUAGUGUUCUUGCGAGAAGUCUUCCGUCUCAAGCCACUUUCUUCCUCACUUACGUCGCGUUGAAGUUCUUUGCGGGAUAUGGUCUAGAAUUGGCGCGAAUAGUUCCUUUAAUCGUGUUCCAUUUGAAGAAGAAAUACCUUUGCAAGACGGAAGAUGAGAUUCGAGAAGCAUGGACGCCAGGAGAUCUAGGCUAUUCAACUAGGGUCCCGAACGAUAUGCUCAUCUUAACCAUUGUCCUUUGCUACUCCGUCAUAGCUCCAAUUAUGAUCCCGUUUGGCGCAGUUUACUUUGCUCUCGGUUGGCUAAUUCUCCGAAACCAAGUUCUAAAGGUUUACGUUCCAUCUUACGAGAGCUACGGGAGAAUGUGGCCACACAUACAAGCCCGGGUGCUGGCAGCAUUGUUUUUAUACCAACUUACAAUGCUUGGAUACUUUAUCUUGAAAAAGUUCAAAAGUGCGGCAGUAUUAAUCCCGCCUCUAAUCCUCACUUUGAUAUUCGGCUUCGUAUGUAGUCACAAAUUCUAUGGGUUCUUCAAGGACCCGGCAUUACAAGUGGCUUGUAGGGAGCUCAAAGACAAUCCUAACAUGGAAGUCAUUUUCGAAUCCUAUAUCCCGCCUAGCUUGGUUGUCGAAAAGUUGCCUGAUGAAGAUCAGUUGGACGACGCCAUUUCACGAGUGUCUAGGUCCGUUUCGCUCAUCUAG